AUGUCUUCAAAUAUGAAUAAAUUGCCGCGCCUUGAAACCUUGAUGUUUAACAAAUCCGUGAUCGAAGAUGUGAUUGCCAACAUGUCCAAUGCCUUUCAGGACGCAGGUGUUGAUGAAUCUGUGCUGCAAAAGUUGAAGCAAGUAUGGGGAUCCAAAAUGCAGAAGGCCUUAGGAGUGAACAUAAUCGACUCGAUUCCCAACUCCACUGAUACGGGCCCCACUAUGGACACCGACAACAUCAAGAAGAACGCUAUGGAUGAGACAGUUUCAGUACAGGAGGCACCUACCAAAGUGACCACAGCUGUUGCUGUAACCAGUGAAAUUCCAACUGCGAUCCCAUGGAAACUGCAAAAGAUCGAUUUGCCAGAGCUCUUGAACACUUACCAGGCUCGACGCAACUCCAUGUCUGUGGGAUAUGCCAUGGAACUGGACGGGUUACCACCAGCCAAGGAGGAACCGGACAAAGAGGAGGUUAAGGUCCAGCUUGAGUUGCCAGAGAAAGAGGAAGAAGAGGCUAUCCAGCAGGUUCGCAACGAUGACGAGGCUCGGAACAGUAGCGACGACGUAGCCUCCGAUGGUGACCUGUUCCAGUCGGACAAUGUGAUCAUAUGCCAAUUUAAUAACAUCACCCAUUACCGCCAAAGGUGGAGGUUCAACCUCAGGAACGGAGUGAUGCGCAUCAACGGCUCGGAAUACGUAUUCAAGAAUUUGCAGGGCGAGGCAGAUUGCUAA